AUGUCUACAUCCUCUCUAAAUACACCAUCAUCAUCAAAUGCUUUCACCAUAAUGCAAGCAUCAACUUCUAUUCCGAAAAAAAUACAAACGUCUGUUAUUGGUUAUUUACCAAAAAAACUAUCUGUAGAUGCAAAAAAAAAGUUAGAUCAAACGCUAUUAAAACUUUUUGUUAACGAUUUCCAACCUUUUAAGGUUGUUGAAGAUUCAGGUUUCAAACAAUUUGUAAAAAUCUUGAAUCCUAAUAAUGAGUUGCCAAAUUGUCAUACAAUAUCCAAAGAACUCAUUCCAGCUAUGUAUGAAAAAUGUUUAGGGGAGAUUAAAAGCUUGAGCUUGACAUCAACUGUUGAAAGUGCUUGUUUGACGACAGAUUGUUGGACAUCUAGAAACAAUGAAAGUUUUAUGGCCAUUACAAUACAUUUUAUUGACACUGAACUUGAACUAAAAUCUAUGUUUAAACGAAUAUUCGAAUCAUGGGAAUUAACUAAAAAAAAUACAUUUGCAGUUUCUGAUAACGCAUACAACAUAAAAAAUGCCCUUAAUAACUUAGGUUUAAAGAAUAUGGGCUGUUUUGCACAUACAAUGUAUCUUAUAGUCCAGUCUGCGCUCACUUUAGAAGAAGACCUGAUAAACAAAACAAAAAAUAUUGUUUCUCACUUUAAAAAAAGUACAGUAGCCAACAAUUCAUUCAAAACCUACCAAUUAAAUAAUGGUAUAAAAAAUCCAAAAAAAUUAAUUCAGGAUGUCUCUAUUAGAUGGAAUUCAACAUUUUACAUGGUAUGCAGAUUUGUCGAGUUAGAAACCUUUCUUUUUCGUGGUACUUUGGGUUUACUUAAUAAUGCUCCUGAAAAUCUUCGGCCAGAAGAAUGGUCUAUUUUGAAAGAUCUUAUUAAAGUAUUGAAGCCCUUUGAAGAAUCUACUGAAGCUAUAAGUGGACAAAAAUACAUAACUGCGUCAUUAGUAAUAGUAAUUGUUCAAAGACUCUUUAAAGUUUAUAAUAGCUUAAGAAAAACUAACCUGGCACCAAGAGUUUUACAUGUGGUUGAUAAACUUAUAGCUAAUAUGAAUGAAAGAGACGGAUUUAAAAAUUUAGAAAAAAGUAAAACUCUUUCAAGAUGCACAUUUCUUGACCCACGAUUUAAACACAUUCCAUUUAACCAUAAUGAUACUCUAUUGAAUACUACGAAAAAUGAUUUAAUAGAAAAAACGGCAAACAUUGUUUGUAGCAAAUAUACCGAAGAGUAUGAAUCAGUAAGUUUGGCAGAUGUUAAUAACCUAACCUAA